CCAAGAUCCCUCUUCUUCCUCUUCACCAAUUCCCUUGUUUUUCAGAUCUUCCUUUCUCAAGUAAAUCUCUUUUCGAUCUUUUGAGAUGGCUCGUACCAAGCAAACUGCUCGUAAGUCAACCGGUGGUAAGGCUCCAAGGAAGCAGCUCGCAACAAAGGCUGCUCGUAAGUCUGCCCCAACUACUGGAGGUGUGAAGAAGCCUCACAGAUACAGACCCGGAACCGUCGCCCUUCGUGAAAUUCGUAAGUAUCAGAAAAGUACUGAGCUCCUGAUCAGGAAGUUGCCAUUCCAGAGGCUUGUUCGUGAAAUUGCCCAGGACUUUAAGACUGAUUUGAGGUUCCAGAGCCAUGCUGUUCUGGCUCUUCAAGAGGCUGCUGAAGCUUACCUAGUUGGGUUGUUUGAAGACACUAAUCUCUGCGCCAUUCAUGCCAAGCGAGUGACCAUCAUGCCCAAAGACAUCCAGCUUGCCAGAAGAAUCAGGGGUGAAAGGGCUUAGAGAGGGUUGUUUUUACAUUUGUUUUUCUUUAAAUGUUUACAGUCAUAGUUUAGGAGGAAAUCGAAAACUUUAUUAGUAGGAUGAAUGUUGACUGAUGAUGGUCUGGAUCUAUUUUCUUUUGGCUUAACUCAAUUGUGAUGAACAUGUCAUUUUGUUGCUUUUUAAGCUAGUUUGGCUAUUAUACAUA